GCAGGCAGACACUGGCUUCAUUGUGGAAGGAUACCAAGAUUGUAGACAGUAUUAUGUCUCCAGCGGACCUUCAAAAUGGUUUGGAGAAUAGUCUGCCAGCCGUUGCCUCUUUCAGUAGUUCCUUCUCCCAAAGCCAGGGAUUACCACCACAUUAUUUUGCUCCUGGAGAAAGAAGAGCCAUCUCUGAUGCCCGGCGCACUUUUUGCCUUUUUGUGACAUUUGAUUUUCUGUUUAUUUCUCUACUGUGGAUAAUAGAACUGAAUUUAAAGAACCAGAUUAAACAAAAGAUUGAAGAAGAAAUUGAGCAUUAUAAGUUUUCCACUUCUUUCUUUGACAUAUUUCUUCUUGCAGCUUUCCGGUUCACAAUUCUGAUACUAGGAUAUGCUAUAUUUAAAUUCAGCCACUGGUGGGUAGUAGCGAUUUCAACACUGGUGACCACUGCCUUCCUGUUGGUGAAGGUGAUUUCUACUGGGUUACUCGCCACUGGUGCAUUCGGCUAUGUGCUUCCUAUUGUUUCUUUUGUCCUUGCCUGGCUUGAAACCUGGUUCCUUGAUUUUAAGGUUUUAACUCAAGAAGCAGAGGAAAACAGGUUGUAUUUUGCUGCCCAGGCUGCUGCAGCACAGGCGCCACUUCUAUAUGGUGCAGGUUCUGAGGCGAGAUUUUAUUCCCCACCAGAAUCCUUUGCCGGUUCUGAUGAUGAGGAAAAUGAUGAGGGUGCAGGAAGAAGAGCUGUGACCCCUCAGGAAAAAGAAUAUGUCCAGAAAGGCAAAGAAGCUAUGAAGGUAGUGGACCAAAUCCUUUUGCAGGAAGAACACUGGACAUGGGAGAAGACCAAUGAAAUUGGUGAUGCUGUCUACACAUUUGACAUUCCUGGAUAUGGGAAGACUUUUAUUUUAAAGAUUCUCCAAAGGGUCGAUGAUAAUACACUGAUUUCUUACGAUGCUUCAUCUGGUGCAGCAGGUGGUGUAGUCUCUCCUAGAGAUUUUGUAAAUGUGCGGCGUAUUGAAAGAAGAAGAGACCGGUACGUUUCCUCUGGGAUUUCAACUACUCAUAAUACCAAACCGCCACUAAGUAGAUUUGUCAGGGGAGAAAAUGGUCCUGGAGGGUUUGCUGUGUUGAUGUCUCCCAGAAACCCCAAUGUGUGCACCUUCAUAUGGAUACUCAACACAGAUUUGAAGGGUCGACUACCUCGUUACCUCAUACACCAGAGCCUGGCAGCUACCAUGUUUGAAUUUGUCUUUUGCCUGAGACAGCAUAUUAUGGAAGUUUACCGAAGUGCUGAGCGCUAAUGUUACAAUGACUACACCUCUGUGACAACACUUGUUAGUUGUGCAGACACUCAGGAUAGCUGGAGGGUCCUGUUUACUUCCAGUUUGCAUAUGAAUGUCUGGCAGACUUCUUGAAGACAAAGUGUUCUGAUUUUUAUUGAUUCCUUUUUACUAAAGGAAGCACAUAUGUGACUGUGACAGGCGUAAAGGAAAAAAAUUGGGAAUGAACAAAAUGAAUUACUGUGAAAACAAAGCAAUUGUUAAACACUUCGCAGACUCUUCUUUUAGGUCCUUUUGUAUGUUUGCUGAUGUCUCUGUGUGAAGGAUGGAACAUUUAGAAAGAGAAGAUGGUUAAUCCAAGUGUUCUGUCAUAUGUUAAGACAAUGAAUCAACCAUGUAUAGUAAACAAUUAACAAGGGAAUGCCUUAAGAUGGACCAAGUAGCAAAGCAUAAUUGUCUCUCUCAAAGGCAUAUCAGUUUGUAUAGAUGCUUCUUUUACAAUUACAUUAUUUGUUCUAUUUCAUAUGCCUUCAGAGUACAAUUUAUUGCCAAGCAGAACAAUGUUAAUUCCAAAAAGGGCAAGCAGGCUUAUUUUUGCACUGAUAGCACCUCUGGAUUGUAAAUGAGACCUGCUAGCUUGUGGUGACGAUGACAAACUAAAGUGGCAGAAUGCAUUUUGCAAAGGAAUUGUGUAAUAAAAUGUUCUGAAAGAUGGCUGUAAUUCAGAAAUGUCACAUUUCAUCCCCUGGUAUUCUUUCGGGCAGUUCAUCUGUUGUUUUAGGUAUUGUUCAUUUUUUUUUCAGUAGUAAUCAACAUUAGUUGCAUAUAUUUUAGUACCCGUAUAGUGUUACAUCACCAUUGUUUAAAGAAAAUACUGCCUUAGUGCCAUACGACUAAAAUUAAUUUGAAGCACCUGUCGAUAAACAGUGUUGGUCAAUUGAGGUUGUUGCCACACCCCUAGAUUUUUAGCCAUAAUGUUUGAGUUAUGAUUUACUCUGGCCAUCAUUGACCCUAACAAUGCCUUUUGAUUAAAAUAUAGUCCUCAAAUCCCCCCUCAGUAAAUAAGUCCCAUUCUGAUCACAGGGAUGCGAUUGUGAGAAUUGUUUUUGUGGGCUGAAAUGCAGUGACUGCGGAUUUUGAACCUGCUGUUUAGUUUCCACUGUUUUGCCAACUGUAUGGCACUGUUUGCCUCUCUAUAGUCCUCUUAUGGCACUGAUUUGUUUUUCUUAGGAAGACAAAUCUAGGUAGGCUAUGUCUGCUGUAUUUUAAGUCUAUUUUGUGGAAUGGAAAGGUAAACAUGGUGCAACUUGAGACAUGAAUAACUUUGUCAAUGCAGUAUCAAACGUUUGUAAACUGUUACCACUUUGAUCUCAUAAUUACAAUAUGACAGUGUA